CACCCAUCACCAGGCUCAACGAGCAGCAGGAGCUGUCACUACUCAACUAGUCCUGACAGUUAACUAACCAGCUAACUAACCAGCUAACUACCUGUGUAGCUGACGUUAGCUUCAGCUCCAGCAGCUCAGCUGGUUCCUGGUCCGCAGCUGUUUAACAUCAAUCAAAUAUAAAAUAAAACCCAGAGAAGAGUCAUGGCCUGUGCCCGAGUGCCCCUGGACGAGCUGCAGGUGACUGAGCCUGGGCCGCAGGGAAGAGAGCGCUCGCUGCCUGCACUGCACCCGGAAAGGAAGGAGGAACGCUGCUUUGUGCCUUACAAGCCUCCGCCCGAGGACGGCUCUCCUGCCGAGGUGGAGGAGUUUUUGGAAUAUGCCAGAUUCAUCAUCGAGGACCUGGAGUGGCUGCUCGCGCUGCCCCACGACAAGUUCUGGUGCCAGGUGGUGUUUGACGAGUCCCUGCAGUCGUGCUUGGACUCGUACCUGCGUCACACUCCCCGGAGCCUCGACCUCGCCGCCCUGCCCUCCUCCCCGGCGGUGGCUGAGAUGCAGCGCUCCGUCCACAAGGUGGUCUUCUUGACCUUCCUGAGGAUGGCUACACAUAAAGAAUCCAAGGAGAGUUUCCUCACGCCCUCAGUGUUUGGAGAAAUUAUCUAUGAAAACUUCCUGUUUGACAUUCCCAAAAUCUUGGAUCUGUGUGUGCUCUUUGGAAAAGGCAACAGCCAGCUGCUGCACAAGAUGAUAGAAAACAUCUUCACCCAGCAGCCGUCUUACUACAGUGACCUGGACGAGACGGUUCCCACUGUGCUGCAGGUGUUUGACUCAGUCCUGGACAAGUGUGGUCUUCAGUGUGAAGGAGCCACCGCCAUGGAGCCGAUGAAGCUGAACGCACACAAGCAGCCCACUGCCAUGACCAUGAGCCCGCAGGACCUUGUAGAUAUAAUUUUGUACCUGUGUGACUCCACCACCACCAUCCAUGCCUUCCUGGACAUCUUCCCUGCUGCCUGCUCCACCUUCUACUCCCACGGCUUCCUCAGCAGACUGACCUCGUUUUAUGAGACCGCUGUGCCUGAUCUCGAGAAGGCGGUGAGGAAGAGGAACUUUGAUGAUAAAGGACUUCAGGACGACUUGUGGAAGAGGUUGUCCCACUCCUGUCGCAAGAUGGUGGAGAUGGCUCACCUGCUGCUGCACCACACCUGCCUGCAACCCAUCCUGGAGGGGAGAGAAAACAUGCAAACGUUCGCAGAGGAACUUUUACAACAUUUCACGUCUUUUCUACCUGAAAAAAGGUUCUUGUCAGACUACGAUGAGCAGUUUCCCAUCUCAGACGACAUCAGCCUCCUGCAUCAGGCCGUCCCCGUCAUCGAUGAGACCAGGACGUCCUACCUGCUCCAGGGGGUGGAAAGUGCCUGGGAGAGCGUCGGGCGGCGGAAACCACAGAGCCAGAUUCACCCUAAAGCCAAUCAGGGAGCAGCGGGGGGAGCUGCUGCUGCUGCCGCCGCCUCCUCAGCCAGUUUUAAUCGUCAGGUCCGAGAACCGAGAGAGGAGUGUGAGAGAGGAGCAGAGGCCAUGUUGGAUGUGCCCCAAAAAGAAAACAACGUGUGUACGGUGAGCUCGGCCGAGCUGGAGUCUCUGCUGUCGUGUAUCCGGGACCUGCUGCCUGAUUUGGGCGAAGGUUUCCUGCUGGCGUGUCUGGAGGAGUACGACUACAACACUGAGCUCGUCAUCAACAACAUCCUGGAGGAUCGUUUAACUCCGAGUCUGGACAAACUGGACCGAGCGAUGCCGAGGCCUGUGAAGGAGGAGAUUCCAAAUGUUCUGGGCGACAGAUCCAACGUGUUUGAUGACGAUGAGUUUGACGUCUUCCGCAGGGACCAGGUGGACAUGUCCCGCAUCUGGAAGGGCCGGAGGAAAGGCGAGAACCCUCGAGAGAUGCUGAACGACAAGCGGCACAUCGAGGAGCAGCGGGCUCGGUAUCAGGCCUACGAGACCGUGGUGGACGAGGUGGUCAUCGAACCCGGUCAAACUGCCGCCGACUACGGCCUCGACGACUACGACGACGAGUACGACGACACCUACGACAUGAACCAAGUGGGAGCCAACGACCUGGACAGAGACAGUUUACUGAACCGAAGACCGUUCACAAUCCCACGAGUUUUGAGAAAAGGAAACAAAGCAGAGGAAGAGGAGGAGGGUGAAGAUGAAGAGGAGGGAGAGAGUUCACAGAACAACGUGAACAGGGACCAGUUUGUGCAGGACCCGGCGCUGCUGAGGGAGAGAGCUGAGGCCAGAAGAGCAGCGAUGCAGCAAAGACGAGGUUUCCGACCGGAGCGAACCACCAACGUGGUCGGUCAACCCAAAGGCCAAGGACAAACCACGGAGACAUUCCUGGACCGACGCAAGAAGGAAGCCAACAAGAACCGUGUGGCCAACCACAACCGGCGCAGCAUGGCCGACCGCAAGAGGAACAAAGGCAUGAUCCCGUCCUGACGCGUGUCGACGGCUGCUGCUCGACCCGACUGAUGGUGGCAGGGUGGUGGAUAGAGAGUGUGACAGAGACAAAAGGGAAAUCCAGGUUCUGGUUCCACGGACUUUCGAUGGCGCUCCGGUCCUGAAGUGAAGCGGGAGAAGUCGCUGAAGGUUUUCAGUCGCUGGACAGAAAUGUAAUUAUUGGACUUUCUGAGCAGCUCGUUGACUGAGACGCUCAACAUCUGCUUUUCUUUCUCUAGCUCAUCAACAACCAAAGUUCUGAGGACAAAGAAUGAGAGUUUUAUUUUUGCCAAGUAACAAAUCAGUUUAUUAUUAAGAUCCAUAGUGAUUGAGAGAAGUUUCUUUGACAUCAUCAUCAUCGAGGAGACAACAUAGGAAAAUAACAAAGGACGAGACAUUCAGGGUUUUACAGAGACCGUCUGUAGCUGGAAGAACAAUCACCGACCUGGUGUCAAAGUCUGGACAUCAGCGUCUCUGAAUCUCAACGAGCAGCGUAUAUUUAACCGCAUGCGACGUCAUCCCUGGUUCCAGCCUUCACACCAUCGUCUCUACGUCUCGCUGCUGCUGUGUUUGUGUUUGGAAGCACGUGCUGCUCAGUGGAGCCUCGUGUCUCACACUCGCUGCUGAGACCCCCCCCACACACACAGACACACACGCUGCCACGCACAGACUAUUUUCUACCACGAGAACAGAUCUGUCAUUUUGCUUUUUCUAAUUAAAGAAAAGCUUCUUUAAUUUGCUUUUUGAAGUUGACGUUGCAAAAAAUAACAAAAUAAAUUUGAUGUUAUGUUUCCAA